AUGGACUAUCAUUCCAUCCAUGGACAUGACAUAUCUAGUUUUGAUAUAGCUGGAACUCAUCGGCUGCCCACAGUUCAGGCUUCACAGGCCUUGAACGAGCUCCAGGAUGAUGGCAACCUUUACUUAUCCACGGGCUUGGAAGAGCUGGAUCAAGCUCUCUUGCCGCCUACACCAGCCGCAUCUCCAGGCUCUACCUCCGUUGGCGGAAUCAAGAGGGGUCAAAUAACGGAAAUUUGGGGUCCGUCUGGAACAGGCAAAACUGCAGUCUCGAUACAGUUGGCUGCGAAUUCCAUCCAUAAUGGAAAUGAUGUUGUUUGGAUUGAUUGCUUCCAAGAGAUGGACGUCUCUCGGCUAGAAAACGUGCUGGCAUCUAUAGCAGAAGAUGCGGUGCCUGAUGGCUCGACGAGGGCUGAACCGCCCGCUGCCGGCCGGGAUGGAAAAACAGGUCCUAAGAGCAACAAGGGCCCAACAGCUUCAACCAAGCGGCUCCAAGGUCUGCAAUUUAUCAUUAAUGCACUUCAGAAAGUAGCGGCGACUAAGAAUUGCGCCGUUGUCGUCUCCUCGCAAUGCGCAACUAGAAUGCAAUCAGAGCACGGGGCCACCCUCGUGCCAGCAGUCAAUGCCUCAGUAUGGGAGCAAGGGAUAUCUACCCGAAUAGUCAUGUUUCGAGAUUGGGCAUGGAAGAACGGCGCACUUGUCAGCAUUUUCGUGGCAGGGCUACAGAAGCUAGAUGGUAAAUCUGGUUACGACGCGAUAGAGCGAGCUGCGGCCUUCAAUGUCACAAGGACUGGCAUUGCAAGAGUGGAAUGCGAUGCCUCCAAUGCCCCCGUAGAGCCUGCGGACGUGGUUCGAGGAAAGCGAAAGCUGGAACAGACCGACUUGGAAGUCCCAGACAGCCAAGACGACGAAGACUAUGGCUGGGCAGACGAUGAUGAGGCAGCCCUGCCAGCCCCUCCACCGCAGUGGCAAGGGAGUGAAGACGUCCUGUUAGGACAGGAGCUUGGCCGAGGCGACGAUGGUAGGGAUGAGGAGGAGGAUGGCUGUGAAGGCAGCCACACGCCAUCCUCAGAGGCCACUUAUUAG